GAUCAGAGUUCGGCGAAAUUUUUAAUAAAUAAAUUUUAAUAAUUCAAGAAGAGUUCGCCGACUGCUCUUCGUUCGCCUGUCAAUUGACGAAACCCCUCCUCACCGUUCGCAACGGAGGGCCGCCGCCAAACGUGGUUGCUUGAAGAUCCGUGGAAUUGACAAGGAGAAGGAGAGAGAGAUCUUGACAAAGGAGAUUCGGAAUGGACAAUGGCGAGAUCGCGGUCUCGAAGGCCUUGGCCCUGCAUCUUCUCUGCACCCUCGGGUUGGCCGCUGGCUUUUUCGCCGCUGGAAUCGCCUACAAUCUCAGCCUUGUCACCGAUCCGGCCCAAACCCUAAGUUUUCUUCUCGUGUUUGAAACCCCUAUUGUAGUAGCAAGUUAUAGUUUUGUUCGACGAGAUCACGACCGCCCGUAUUGGGAGGCUGUUUCGAUGGCAUUGUUUGGACUACCUGUUGGAGCUUUAUUAAAUGCACUUGGAGCAAUUGUUCUCGGCGCACCUGUUGGCCCUAAGUAUUGGAUAAGCACCAUCUACUGGUCAUGUCUCAUGUCAUUGUUUACUUUUGUACCUGCAGUCUGUGUUUUUGGAUGGUCAAGGAUGGACUGGCAGCGCAUUAUAGCUAAUUCCAAACCAAAGCAAGCAACUGAUUGCCUGGUUUCUUUACCAGCUCAAGGAGCUAUUGUUGGUGCAUGGCUUGGAGCUUGGCCUAUGCCACUUGACUGGGAAAUGCCAUGGCAGGAAGCAACAAUGUGCAACCUCCUGAACCUACUCUCAGAGGAUGUAAUUUUAAGUUUUAUGUAUGUAGGAAUGGCCAAUCUGCGUUACAUAUGGAGCAAUUGCUGGCUACAUAGUUGGUAUGAUACUGUCCACAGUGUUUGUCCAUGUAAUGAAAAAUCAUCCACAUGUCAAGGAUGACUAAUGAUGAUCAUAUGUAAAUUUUGUUGGGAGUUGGUGUUAGUUUCCCAGUUCUCGGAUCUGGACUAUGCAACUUCAGCAUCAUUAAUAUUCUACACAAAUCAUUCCAGUUUUUA